ACCUGCAUAUGUUCUAAAACAAUGUGCAGAUGCUUUAUGUUCUCCACUAACUAACAUCCUAAAUGCCUCUUUCUCCAAAAAUGUACCUGAUGCAUGGAAAGGCAUUAAAAUAGUCCCUGUCCCUAAACCUGGAAAUAGCAAAACCGUAAAGUUCAGACCCAUUGCCAUCACUUUCCCGUUUCUAAAGCUUAUCGAAACACUAGUACUUCUUAAACUUGAACCCUCCCUUAAAAGCUUUGAAGACCCCAAACAAUUUGCCCUAUAGACAGGGUAGGAGCACUUUAGACGCUGCAGCCGUCUUACACAACAGUAUCGUCUCAUCAUUAGAUUAAGGUGCCAAAUACGUCUGCUGCACGUUUCUCGACUUCACUUCUGCUUUCGACUCUGUACCUAGAUGUCUCUUGCUAAAUAAGCUCUCGAUGACAAAAAUUGAGUCCUGGGUCACUAACUGGCUGCAUUCCUACUUCUCCAACAGAAAGCAGUACACCGUAUACAGAGGCGAAUCCUCCUCUGCUGCGCUCACUGAAGCUGGUGUCCCCCAAGGUGCUGUACUCUCCCCACUUCUCUUUUCUUUCUUUCUACAUGACUUACCAUCUUCAAAUGACAUUACUUUUGUCAAAUAUGCUGACGACCUGACAGUAUCUUUGCCUAUCAAAUGUCAAAGUGACUGCUCUGAACUUGAUGGCUUUCUGUCAGAAAUCAGCCAGUGGUCCAAGGAAAACGGUCUUACCCUAAAGCCCUCCAAAUGCCAAACAGUCAAUUUCACCUUUAGGCAUAAAUCCGACCUAAACAAACUGGUUGGCUCUCACGAGGUAUGCAACAUAGACGGCACUGAAAUAGAAACCAAGUCGGAAAUUAAAUACCUAGGCGUCAUUCUAUCUGCUGAUCUCUCCUGGUCGACUCAUAUCUUGGCGAUUCCUAAGAAAAAACUCCGUCUUACCUUUUACAUCAAGAAGUUAAAACAUUCUGGUAUAACCCAACCCUCACUCCUACAAUUCGUUAACUCUCGCAUUCUGCCUAUUAUUCUCUAUUGUUCCCCCUUAGUUUUUCCCGGGCUACUGAAGAAAGAUUAUAACAUAUUACGCAGGAUGUUAAAGGUUGUCAGCAGGGUAAGCAACGUGCCACUUAACCAGCUUGUUAAUAUUCUGGUCGACAGGCACAUGGACUCAUGUGAAAAAUGGGCCAAAACCAUUUUAUCUAACUCACACCACCCUCUUCACUCACAACUCUCCCCUCGCAUCUCAUCAGGUAAAACAAGAAGCCUAUAUAGAAAACUAUAUGCUCGCACCAGCAAGUACAAAAACUCAACCAUACCCUACUUAGCUCGUGUUCUGUGUGAUAAAGAAAGCAUUAGGCGUGACACCUAUAAUUCAAUAAAUAGUCAGUAGUACAACUGGACCUCGUCUUUCCAACUCAUAUCAUUUGUAGGUACAACAUUUUCUUUCUUUCUUUUCCUUUUCUCUCUCUCUUUUUUUCCGUUAUGUGCUGCUUUGUUUCUUUCUCUGGCUUACGCCAGUAAAAAUGACAGCACCUACUUUUCUAACACCUUCAAACACUGUUCACCUUUACCUUUGCUACCAACAUGCCAAUAUGUUAUUGUCAUAAUGAACCGAGAUUUCCUUAAUCUAUGUAGAAUUCUAUUUAUUGAUAAUGUACUAACUGGAUGCAAUACUGUAGUAAAAAAUGCUGAGAAUUCCAUUCUGUAUCACAAGUACUGUUUAUGGAAUAAAGCAAAUUAUUGUUAUUAUUAUUAAAACACACGAAUUUAAGACCGAGUUGAUGACUUCAUCAAAAAGAAUUUUUUUCCUUGUACCCGUCUUUUUGGUUCAGUACAGGAUGAAAACAUGCUUGUAUUGGUGAGUGUAAUUGAAUAAAAACGGAGUCGAAUUAGUUAGUUAGUUGGUUGGUUAUAUUUCUGUCAGAUAUUACUUUAAUGAAUACAUACUUGAGUUUAUGAUAUCUGAUGUUGUUGGUGAAUGCUUUACUCUGUGGACUUAAGUUUCGUGGUUGUUGUUAUUGUUGUGGUCUAUGAGGGGAUAUAAACCCCUGUUACAUUGUAUUACAGUCAAGAAUAUUUCGGCUGACCUGUUGUAAUUCACAUCGUCUUGUCGCAGCUUGAUUGGCAGUUGUUGAGUGAGUGUUUUGUCGACUAUGUUCAGUUCACCGGCUAGGAUUGGAUGUCAUGGGGUUAAAUAGACUGUUGGACCUCAAUCCUCUCCGGUGGGACUGAUCACUCUGAAGUGACUAGUCAGUUUGCAAAACUUCAUUUCCAUCUUGAUUUACUAUUUCCACUCCGACAGUUGAUUACAAUUUCUCGUUUUUUUUCUUUGCUUCUCUCUUCUUUGUUUUCUGUUGACUACGACGACAUCAGAAACCAUCUGUUGGUUCUGAACGA